UCCUGCGCUUCAUUCGUGCUACUCGCGCCGUGCGAACCGUCAGAUCAGCUACGGGCUCUUUUACGAACGAUCCUGUCACGGCAGCAGAGUCGACAGUUGAAAGGGUGCUCGUGAUCAGUGCUGGUGAAUGGUGUUAAGGUUGUGCAAGUGAUCAGUGAACCAGAAUUUGGUUGUGAUAGUGUUCUGGGGACACAUUUGGGGUGGAAGUAACUUGAAAAACCCUAGGACUUUGUGAUAGAUCACCUAACGAUCGCCACACCAGAACCCAGUCGUCUACAGAAACCAACGUGAUAAAAACAUGAUGUGGAAACUUCUCAUACUUGCCGGCUGUCUGGUGACCAGCGGCCUUGCCCGGCCGGACGUAUCGCAUCUGCUGAAGAAGACUGCCGACAAGCAGAAGCGUCAAAGUUUCAUCGGUACCUCGGUGUCGGUUAAUGGGAACGGUGCAGUUGCGACCGAAAUUAAGACGGGUGAUGCAGCAAAUAUCGAGGCCUUGCUACCGCAGAUCAGUUUGUUCCCGCUGCCGGACAAUCAACCGUCGCCGUUCCGCCGGUUGGAGGACCGCUCCGGGUAUGACUACCAAAAGCCCGACUUUCCGCUCGAUGUCCAUCCGGACUCGAAUCUAGUCAGCCCGGUGUCGACACAGGCACCGGAGUAUCUGCCCCCGGAGGAUGGUGAAGAGUCGUCAAACGUUGAUAAAGUGGCACCGCCAAGUUCUCCGUCGACUACGACCAGCACCACCACAACAACUACGACAACGACCACAACUACGCAAGCUCCACCCACCACCACGACCACUACCACUCCAGCACCAUCCACUUAUGGGAUUUCCUCGACUCAGCAAGAAUUCGACAACGACGACGGCUACGGCUACAAGAAACCCGAGGUGAUGCUUCCGACCAACAUAAACGAAGUGAUCGGGCAACCAAGCGACAUUAAUCAGCUCGCCACGACCACCGUCCCGACGACGACGACAACCGCAAAGAACUCGCUGGAAUAUCUUCCCCCGAAACCGCUCCCGGAGCUGGUAGUGCCGAAGGAACCGAGCACGCCAUCCACGACCACACAGCAACCUCAAACCUCUACCACGUUCCAGCUGCCGACGGAAACUCCAGCUCCCUAUCCGAAGCUGCCGGAAGCGUCAGUGUAUCCCGAUGCAUCGGGCACAGUCUCCAGCGUUGUGACGCAACAAACCUCAACUGAGCUCGCUUCCACCUCAGCCCCGGAGUACCUGCCACCAGACAGCGAUGCCAACGGUUUCCCGAUCAUCGUACGCAGUGGAUUCGAGUCGGAUGAUUCGACGACCACGGGAAGCACCACCGGUAGCAGCAGUAGCGGCACGACCAUCGUUCCAGCACAGUCUCCAGAACCCACGACGACACUUGCGCCCUCUGUCCCGGAAGCGGACAGUCUGGUGCAACAAGAGCAAGACGAACAGCAGACGACGGAAGGACAGCAAACGACCACCACGGCCAGCGUCGCGACAGGAGAACCGGCCGACGACGCCUCGUCCGUGAUUGCACUCAUUAAUCAGAUGCAGGAAACGAGCCAAGUGGCGAGCCAUGCCGAUUUUGUGCCGGAACUCCGCAUUAACGAUGAACCUUCGACUACGAUCGGCACGAGUGAGGCAACGACGACAUCUGCCGCUGUCACCACAACCGCAGCCUCAUCGCUAGCCACAACGGAUCUCCCUGCGGCGACGGAGCAAACGGAACCAGAGCAACCGGAGGCACGGCUAGGGGCGGACGAACCUACUGGGCCAUCGCUGCUAGAUCUGCUCACUCCAACGACGACCACUGGAGCCGUGGUCACACAGAACGAUACGAUCACCACGUACCGCCCGGCGACUUCUUCCAGCGAAACGACGACCCUGGUCGCCGAAUCGAGCGCCGACGAGACAGAGAUCCAGUCCAGGAUAGCUGACCCGAACGACGAUGGCUACAACUACGAGGCACCGGAAAAUGGACUCACCGUACCGUCCUCGGUCGUCCCGUCGCAUACGCUCGAUGCCGAUGGCUAUCAUUAUAAGGUUCCGGCCGUGCCGUUCCCGUAAGAAGAAGAAGGACGAGGUAAACGGGAGAAAGGGUACCAGCCCAAGUACCAGAAGAAGCAGUAGUAGUAGUAGUAGAAGUAGUAAUAGUGCGAGAGAGGAGAGCAAGAGAGAGCGAAAGAGAGCGAGAGAGCAGCAGCAGACACAUUGAGACAUCUUCCUAACGACGCCAUAAUGACGUUUUUAUUCGGCGGUUUAAAACGUUUUUAAACGACGAAGCUGUUCCCCCCCCACUUCCAACCAUUUUGCCUUCCCCGCGUUCCAUUCUUCUUUCCCUCGAUUAGCGUGGCUAUUUAUUGCAAUAGUGUGUAUUAAAUAAAAUCAAAACCCCAUUUUAAUGAA